AUGGCUAGAGGUUGCUUGCGGCCGCAUCUUGGCAACCAAAUCAAGCAAAACUUUAUACAAUAUGUUGCUACUUUAAGAGAACAAUUGGAACAACUGGCUGAAGAGAGAACCCUAGAUGGCCUACCUAGAGUUUCAAAGGCUAAGGUGAAUGAUUAUUCAGAGAAGGUUGAAGCCAUUGCUUCCAAAUUAGCUGCUCCAUUGCAUCAUAUUCAGGUAUCUGAAGAGCCUUUUGCUGAGAGUUCAAUGAGUGAAAAUCCAAAAUCAGAUGGAGAAACUUGGUUCCCUUCUUCCCCUGGCUUGAGAAGAAGAUUUGUGGCAGCCCCAAAUCUUGAUGAUAGAGCUCAUGGAGUUACUCAGGUUGAUACAUCAGCAACUGUCAAACAGGAUGCUGCAGCAAAACAACGCAUUGAAAAGCACAUGUAUUUUUAUACUGUUUGAUUGGGGUACAACCAAUUAUAAUGUGAUAAUAGUAAAUAUUAUGUCGUAUUUAAUUCUAUUCAAGUUUUAUUGGCCCUGAUGGAGGUCCACAUGAGCACUUACAAUCAUCAUUUGCUAAAGAUGCACAGAUUAUACACCAGGGUGGUCCUUUUGAGGACAGGAGCUAACAUCUGUCCAUUUGGUGAUUAUUUGUGAUGCUAUUUUGCCAUUUUAAUGGCAUAAUGUGUACACCAUAAGAAAGUACAAUAACUUCGGUGUCACAUGGUGCCUAGUGCGGCAUCAGCCUGGUAUUGUUCAGAGAGAGAGAGAGAGAGAGAAAGAGAGAUUGGAAGAGAACAAGUAUUUGAGCAAACAGGGGAAAUGGGAUUGGAGAGGAGGGCAAGACAAACACCAAAUUGAUCUUUAACAUUUAUUAUUUUUCUCUCCUCCCCUACUUCAAUUCCCUAGUUCCAGGUAUAAGGUGAAAAUGAAAGGUCCAUUGCAAAUGCGAGUUUAUUGUACUAAGAUUUAGAUAAAUAAGCAUGCUUCAACUUAUCAAAGUUUCUUAGUGCUUCCUCUUGAGUGUUGCUCAUAGUAUUAAAACUGUAAACAAAGAUCAUUGAGUUCUGAUUAGACUUAUGUAUCUCGUUGCUGAAAGCUUCAAGAAGACUUGACUGAUGAAAUGGUUGGUUUGGCACAACAACUCAAAGAGAGUAGCCUCUUGAUGAGCCAGCCCCUGCAAAAUACUGAAAAGAUACUUGAUUUUACAGAGAAGGCUGUUGAGCAUAGCUUGGCAGGCGUUGGUUGUGGCAAUGUACAAGCCUUAGAGAUAUACUCCAAAAGUUCCAAAACCACAUGUUCCACUUGGCUUCCGAUUUUUCUAAUGAUUUUCAUCAUGGUUGUACUGCUAAUUCGCAUCACCUAAAAGUUUUUCCAAGAUAAGCAAGCUUCGACAUGGUAUUGCUACCAUCUUUCAGUGUAAGUCUCAUGCUUUACCAUUUCUUAUAAAUCCAACUAGUGUUGGAAUUACUGCCUUAUAAUUUAAUUUUUAUAUCAGAUAUCAUUUGGUAACAUGGAGAUUAAAACAAGUAAUAUAUAGUGUAAUAUUUCUUAAUUUGUCCGAUUAUUUAUUUGAGAUUGUUGAGGUUUAUAUUGUAAUGGAUGAACAACUAAUGUGCAAAAUACUAUCAUGAUCAUGAACUAUCAGAUCAUAUUUUGGGUUGGUAGAUAUACUCGGGUGGGUGGUUACACAUUAGGAUGCAUAUAUACCGAAUAUAUAGUGGUAAUAUAAUCGCUGCCCUGGUAUAUCUAAGUCAUGUGAGUUUAACUCUUAUUACCUGUACUUUUUGUUCUUCAAUGAAUUCCUUUUUUUUUUUUUUUU